AUUUACUCCAAAAAUAGACGGAGUGUCGCCCCACUGUGCUUUGCUUGAACAAUGUCAACCGUGCCCGCGAUCAAGCGAUUAGAUCAAACUGUUAUUAAUCGCAUUGCUGCUGGAGAGAUUAUUCAAAGACCUGCCAAUGCUCUGAAAGAGCUCAUUGAAAACUCGCUUGACGCUGGUGCCACACAAAUCCAGAUCCUUGUGAAAGACGGUGGUAUCAAACUUUUACAGAUACAAGACAAUGGUCAUGGCAUACGGAAAGAAGACAUGGGAAUUGUAUGCGAACGGUUUACGACGAGCAAACUGAAAAAGUUUGAGGAUUUGUCUCAAAUAGCAACUUAUGGAUUCCGUGGUGAAGCAUUAGCGAGUAUAUCCCAUAUUGCGCACGUAACCAUCACCACAAAGACCAAGGACGCACAGUGUGCCUUUAGAGCAAAUUAUUCAGAUGGAAAGCUCGUGUCGCCUCGUCCGGGUGUGAGUGCCGAUCCGAAGCCAUGUGCAGGCAACGACGGAACACAGAUCACGGCGGAGGAUCUAUUCUAUAACGUACCUACUCGACGACGAGCAUUCAAAUCCUUCAGCGAAGAGUACAACCGAAUUGUGGACGUCGUCAGCCGAUAUGCAGUCCAUAACAGUGCUGUCAGUUUUACAUGUCGAAAGCAAGGAGCUGCAACAGCCGAUGUACAAACCUCAUCCACCUCCAAUAUCACCGAUACGAUUCGACAAAUGUAUGGUUCAUCCGUGGCAUCUGAACUAUUGCACGUUGAGAAAGAGUUUCCUCAGUCCGAGUUCAAAAUGAACGCCUCCUUUUCCAACGCCAAUUACCAUGUUAAAAAAAUGACUUUGCUCUUGUUUAUAAACAAUCGACUUGUGGAAAGCUCAAAUAUCAAGAAAUCUAUCGAAAAUGUGUAUAAUUCAUUGUUACCCAAAGGAUCUUACCCCUUUGUAUACCUAAGUUUGGACAUCAAUCCAAGAAAUGUGGACGUGAACGUGCACCCAACCAAACGAGAGGUUCAUUUCCUAAACGAAGACAGAAUUGUAGACACUAUUACAAGCACACUGCAGGAACAGUUGGAAGGUGCUAAUUUCUCGAGGACAUUCUAUACACAAACAAUCUUGCCUGGUGCAAGUCAAGUAGAAUCAUCGCCUAGUGACAGCGACAAAACGCCCACAAGAAAAGUACAAGAAUAUAAUCUAGUACGAACAGAUAGUCGAGCCAGAACAUUAGAUACCUUCGUUCAACGACCGGAAGAUGAAUUGAUGGAAGGAAUAGUGAAUACUGAGGAUGUUUUGGAGUUAGAUGAAGAAUUAUCAUCACAGCCGAUAUCUUCUCAAUCCAAGAAGCGACCGAGGAUUGAUGUACAAAUGACAAGUAUUCUAAAUCUUCGUAAUGCAGUCAAGAAGUCCGAGCAUACAGGCCUCACAAACGUCUUGCGAGAUCAUACAUUUGUUGGAUGCGCGGACGAUACUCUAGCUCUGAUACAACAUAAACAAGAUCUAUACCUGGUGAAUUUUGCCGUUGUCAGUGAGGAACUCUUCUAUCAAGUGUUACUCGCCGAAUUCUGUAACUUUGGCAAACUUCAACUGACCUCGCCUGUAUCCAUUCUUGAAUGCAUCAAAGUCGCACUAGAUGUGGAAGAACAGCAAGGCACACUUCCUGAUCAAUUACAACCCAAAGAUACCAUCGCAGAGACCAUUACAGAUGUAAUUGUGUCUCGCGCUGAUAUGCUUGAAGAUCAUUUCUCUAUGGUGAUCUCAAAAGAAGGGUCUCUGUUAGCUCUUCCGAUGUUAUUGAAAGGCUACGUACCGACCAUGGACAAACUACCACUAUUUCUGCUACGAAUGGGAACAGAGGUGGAUUGGGAGACCGAGGAAGGAUGCUUUGACAGUCUGGGACGCGAAUUAGCCAUAUUUUACAGCGCUGAGCCGCCCGUAGAACCGGUGGAUAUUACAGCAGAUAAUGACACCGCUCGACGGCAGUAUAAACAAGAACAUGAAAAGUAUCUGUGGCAAGUGCAAAAUUUGAUCUUUCCAGGUCUCAAGAGUCAAUUCAUUGCACCGGCAAGUUUAGCUAGGGAGGAUGGAAGUUAUGUCACCCGCUUAGCAAGACUAACUGAUCUGUAUAAAAUUUUCGAACGUUGCUAAAAUACUAAUAAAAAAGAAAG